AUGACGGGCCUUGGCGAUCUACACCACUUCCUGGGGAUCUACGUGACGCGCUCCUCCGACGGGCUCUUCCUCUCCCAUCGCCAGUACGCGUUGGAUCUUCUCCAGCAUGCAGGCAUGGCCGAGUGUCACUCUAAUUCGACACCAGUUGACGUUCGAGCCAAGCUCUCUGCUAUAGAGGGCUCUCCAGUCGCCGACCCCACCGAGUACCGGAGUCUUGCCGGCGCCCUUCAGUACCUCACGCUGACUCGGCAUGAUCUCGCAUAUGCAGUGCAGCAAGUCUGCCUGUUCAUGCACGAUCCGCGCGAGCCCCACCUUGCGCUUGUCAAGUGCAUCCUCCGGUACGUGAAGGGUACUCUUUUGGCCGGUCUCUACAUUAGCACUGGACCGGUCGACACACUGGUCGCCUACUCUGACGCUGAUUGGGCGGGCUGCCCAGACUCCCGUUGCUCUACAUCAGGUUUCUGUGUCUUCUUGGAAGACAACCUGGUGUCCUGGUCGUCCAAACGGCAAACCACGGUAUCCCGGUCCAGUGCGGUGGCAAUCCCAGUUUCUGUAUUGCUCAAUACCUUAUGA